AUGUUGUUACUCGAUGUUGUUCAAACAGCUGCAAAUGUCAAUUUUAUCAUCACAACAAUUACAUCAAGUCUUCUGAUUUAUUUGUUGAUUUUUCGAUCAAAGAAACGAUUAGGUUCAUAUAAAUAUUUGAUUAUUUUCUAUGCACUUAUUGAAUUGAUGGUCGCAUUUGUUGUUAUGAUAUCAAAAAUUGCUGCUCAUUCAAUUCCGGACUGUUUUAUCCUUUUUGUUCAAAUUGGUGCUGAUCAGAAAAAAUUGGGGCAAUUUUAUAUUAGUAAGUCACAUUUUGAAUCAAACUUGAUUGUGAAGAAUCCCGCACCUGAUUUCACAUUUCGGGUCAAAAUCGAAAAAUAGUCAUUUUAACACGGUUCAGAUUCAUGAAAAGAAAAAUUUGGUCCAAUCCCAUUUUCCAUCUAAUUGUUUUUCCUUAAUCCAAAUAAUAUUUUAGUGCAAUGUGUUUUGUUGUAUGCUUUUAUGAUCGGAAUUCUUGCUGUUCAUUUUCUUUAUCGAUAUUUCGCUGUUUGUCACAGAUCAAAACUAUAUUAUUUCGAAGGUGUUAGUUUAAUGCAUUGGGUUUCUUUCAUGUUUUCAUUAGCUGUUUUGAUAACUUCUCUCAAAUAUUUUUUCAUGGGGGAAUUCUAUGAAAAAACACAACUUUUACGCAACGAAAUCUCGAUUAAUUACAAUUUAAAAAUGGAACAAAUUGCAUAUAACGGACCAUUAUAUUAUUUGGAUAAAUUCCAAUAUUCAUCUUAUGCCACAAUGUUGAUCAUUUCAUUUUUCAUAUUAAUAAGUGGAUCUAUAAUGGUUUAUUGUGGUUAUAAAUGUCACAAGGAACUUCAAACACCUGGUUACAAAUUUAGUAGCGAUACUUUGAAUAUUCAAAAAGAAAUGUAUACUGCAUUAAUAGCUCAAGCUGCUGUUCCAACUAUUUUAAUGUAUUUCCCACUUGAAUCAUUGUUUUUCCUUCCAAUGUUUGGUAUAAAAACUGGAUUUUAUUCAAAUUAUGCGAUUGGAUUGGCAACUAUUUUUACGAGCUUAGACCAAAUUGUAAUGAUUCUUGUUAUUAAAGAUUUUCGAAUCUUUUUUUGCUGGUAUGUUUGUUUUUUUUUUAAAGAAAAAAACAAAGCAAUAAAUUACAGAAACUCUGCAUUCAUUUCGUCGUAAACCACGCCAAAUACAACCAUUCAACAGUAUUUAAAUGUUAUUUUCUUUUUUUUUGUUAAACUUAGUUUGUUCAUUGUAUUUUGUCUGGUCUUUUCAUUUUUCAACACAGAUUUUUCCUUAUAGAAACACAUCAUUGAUUCAGAAAUGAAUUUAAUUUUUCAACUCUUUUUAUAUUUUUAUCAAUAAAGUAUUUGAAAAAUUGAUUUCUGUAACUAUUUUGAAUAAUUUGUAGCUUUUGCAAUGUACAAUGUGAUCAAAUAAUCUGA